GUGUAAACACAACUCCAGGAACAUGAAAAGAUCGGGUGACAGUGAGGGAGAGAAGAGAAGAAAGAGGCGGAGGCUCCUGCAGCAGUUGGGGGACCAAAAAAUCCCUUUUCUGGGACCUCCUGAUCGGGGCUAUCAGCAACUGUGGGAUUCCAGUUACACUGGUCUGGUUCUGAGGAGAUCCUGCUCGCUGCCUGACGAGCUGCAUGGCCGUGUGCAGGCAGCUCUGCUCACCCUGAGAAGGAAAGGCUGCCUCCUCAGGGACUUGGUUCGCGUCCGAGACCGAGAUGUAUUCACUGCAGUCUCACGGGCUCUGCUGGGUGAGCCGGGCCACACCUAUCGCUAUCUGGACACACGGCUCUUUGCCAUCCCCUGGCACAGCGAGGACACAGAGGCCAAAGGACAGAACUGUUGUGACCCUGACUUAAGGGCUGCUUGCAAGGCAUUGUGGGAGCUUAACACCUUCUUCUGCUCUGAUGUUUCUCAGCUGAAAGAAGGCGACAGACUCGCACAGUGUGCAAAGGGGGAGGCAGAGGCCAAACAAGGUGAAGAGGGGGACACAGAGUCUAAACACAGUGAAGACUCCAAGUACAGCGAAGGAGCAGAGUCCCGACAAAGUGAGGAGGGGGACAACGAGUCCAAGCACAGUGAGGAGUGGGACAUUGAGUCAAAACACAGUGAAGAAGGCUGCUCGGGGUCAAAACAAGAAGGAGAAUGGGAGAAUGAGUCAAAACACAGCAGCGAGGAGGGGGAGUCCUCCCAGGUCAAAGGAGGUGCAGUGUGUCUCACAUCAGGGACUGAUCACAGUGAAGGAAAGAUCCCUGACUGGACUCCUAAAACCAUCUGCAGCACUGAAACUAAAUCCCUAGUGACCCAUGAGAAACCUGUGGCUCAACUAAAGCACAAUCUGUCAGAUUACCACUUGGAGGACAAAGAGGAGCAGCCAGGUGGGCAGGGAUGUUCCCAACCGAGUCCUCCGCAGGUAUGCACUGGUCCGGUCAAGUUCAAUGUCACCUUACUCAACUACAUGGACCCGGCAGCUAUGAGCCAGCUCAAAGAGGAGCCUUACUAUGGCAUGGGGAAAAUGGCCGUAGGGUGGCACCAUGAUGAGAACCUCAUCAGUCAUUCACCAGUGGCUGUUUACAGCUAUAGCUGUCAUGAUGACAAAGGUGAGAGCAGUGAGGGAGGCAGCGGGGAGAAGACAUGCUGGAGAAUUGGGCUCAAAGUAGCCUGGGACAUCCACACACCUGGCCUGACGCUUCCACUGGAGUCAGGAGACUGCUAUUAUAUGAGGGAUGACCUGAACUCCACCCACCAGCACUGUGUCCUAGCUGGAGAGAACGCUCGCUUCAGCUCCACACACAGAGUGGCUGAGUGUUCUAGUGGGACCCUGACCUACAUCCAGUCCCAGUGUCAGGAGGCCCUGACCAACCUGCGCACUGACCCAGAGACAGGCUCACACAGCCUGCUGGCUCUGCUGCCCACAACGCUACAGCAUUGUGAGGAGAUUCACAAUGAGGUGGAGUUUGAAUGGCUGAGGCAGUACUGGUUUCAGGGCCAGCGUUUUGCCCGCUUCUGCAGCUGGUGGACCAGACCGAUGGAGCAGCUGGAGAAGGACUGGAAGCUCAUGGAGACGAUGACAAUGCUCUUCCUGGCUGAAGUGGAGCAAGAGGGGCAAUCAGGGGAGGGAAGGAGAGAGCUGGCAGAAACCCUGCUGGCUGCCUUGACAGACAGACAGCAGCAAAGACAGACAUGGAGAGACAGGUGCCACUCCAGUCGCCAGACAUUACCCCCUGAGGAAGCCCCAGUGGACCGGCCUUUCUGGGGUGUGGAUGACCCCGGCAUGCCACUACCCUUUGAUCUGGCCGACAUCAUCAACAGAGUGGAGUUACUGCUCUGGAGGAUGUGAAGGGUGGACAGAGGUAUUAAGAAAGAGA